CUAAGAAAAAGCACUUUUGUAGGUACAGGAGUAAAAAUCGGUGUAUUUGCCGCUGUGGUAACCCGUCUGGAGGGCAAAAUACAAGAAGAGAGCGGGCUCCUCUGCAAAGCCAGCCCUCUUGUGUGUUUUAACAGAGAGAUCUUACAAAUGCCUUUAUUUUGCAAGACGGGAACAGAUCGCUGCUCAGGUAUCUUCACUGCACGGCCCUGCAGCGUGAGCGGGUUUAAUUCCGGAGUUCAACAUGGGCUUGGCGAUGAAUUCCUGCAGGUGGACUGUCUUAAAAGCAAGGUCAACGACAGAGGAGCAGCGGCUUCACCCUCUCCUGGUGAACUCUGCGUGCUCCCAUCUCUAAUAAUUCAUGCAUUUUGUUAUUCUGUAUCAGAAUGUGUGACUCAGAUCUAUGAAAAUACGUACUUCCAAGGAGGAGACCUCACUACGGUUUUUACACCGAGUGCCAAUUACUGCCAAGUGGUGUGUACUUACCAUCCUACUUGUCUGCUCUUCACCUAUUUGCCAGCAGCAUGGGCUAAAGACCCCGCAAAAAGGUUUUCCUGCUACUUAAAAGAUAGUGAUACAGAAAUGCUGCCGAAAGUGGAUAUGGAAGGAGCUAUCUCUGGACAUUCCUUAAAACAGUGUAACAUCCAAAUCAGUGCUUGCAGCCCAGAUGUCCACAUAGGACUGGAUAUGGAAGGGAAAAUUUAUGAUGCUACUAUGGCUGACAGCUAUCAACAAUGUCAAAAAAGGUGUACCAAUGACAACCAUUGCCAUUUUUUUACGUAUGCCUUGGAAACAUUUCAUGAUGCAAGCUUUCGUAAAAAAUGCUUCUUGAAACAUACCAGUGUAGGAACUCCAGCCAGCAUAAAGGUGCUUGAUGAGGUUGUGUCUGGAUUCUCUUUAAAGCCAUGCCAGCUUUCUGAAAUAGAUUGUCAAAUGGACAUUUUUGAAGAUCAAGAAUUUUCAGGAAUGAAUAUUACAAGUUUUUUCACUCCCGAUAUCUCUGUCUGCCAAACUAUAUGUACAUAUUUUCCAAAGUGCUUGUUCUUUACAUUCUUUACCAAGGAAUGGCAAAUAGACUCCCAAAGAAAUCUUUGCCUUCUGAAGACCUCAACAAGUGGGAUACCAGAGGCACUUAUAUCACGAGAAAAUGCUGUAUCAGGCUUUGGUCUCCUAAAUUGCAGAAGAGCCUUUCCUGCCUGCAAUUCUCGUACUUAUAUGCAUAUGAAUUUUUUGGGAGAUGAACUCAAUGUCACUUAUACUAAAGGACACAGAGCCUGUCAGCAGGUUUGCACAGAUGUGAUCCGCUGCCAAUUUUUUACCUACUUUCCCCUCCAAGAUUCAUGCAAUGAGGAAAGAAAGUGUGAGUGUCACCUGAGAAUGUCCUCAAAUGGGUCUCCCGUGGAAAUAGUACAUGGGCCAGGAAGGAUCUCGGGAUACUCACUAAGAUUGUGUAAAAAAAAGGCCAGUACUGUGUGUAUGCAGCAUUCUGCAAGAACAAUUAGGAUCGUUGGAGGGACGGACUCUUCCCCCGGUGAAUGGCCGUGGCAAGUCAGCUUGCAUGUGAAGUUGUCUCGUCAGAGACACCUCUGCGGGGGCUCGAUCAUCAGCAACCGGUGGAUCCUCACCGCUGCUCACUGCGUCAUGAGUCUUGAGAAUCCCAACAUUUGGCGUGUUUAUGCUGGUAUUUUAAAACAAUCAGAAAUAAAUGAGGAUACGCCCUUCUUCAAAGUGGAAGAGAUUAUUGUUCACCCUCAGUAUAAAUACGCACAGACUGGAUAUGACAUUGCUUUAAUGAAACUUGAUAAACCUAUGAAUUUUACUGAUCUUCAACUACCUAUUUGCCUGCCAUCAAAAGAAGACGCUAACGUACUUUAUACGGACUGUUGGGUAAUUGGAUGGGGUUACAGAAAAGAAAAAGGUCGUGUAGAAGAUAUUCUUCAGAAGGCUACCGUUCCCCUCAUGUCAAAGGAGGAAUGCCAGGCAAGGUACCGGAAGCGCAGGAUAGGUGACAAAGUGAUCUGUGCUGGCUAUGAUGAAGGUGGAAGGGAUGCCUGUAAGGGAGAUUCAGGAGGGCCGCUGUCGUGCAGGCACGAGGAGGUGUGGUAUCUGGUGGGCAUCACCAGCUGGGGCGAAGGGUGCGCUCGCCCCAGGCAGCCGGGCGUCUACACGAAAGUUGCUGAGUAUUCCGACUGGAUUCUAGAAAAAACCACGUAG